ACUGCGCAAAGUAUGGUGCGUUUACGGUAUUACGAACAUGCCAUCUCUGGUCUAACAUCCUAGCACCCCUAGCACGUGACUAGCGUCAUUUUCUGCAUACGGAAAAUUUACAAUUGCGAUAUAGCAGUAGGCCUUGAAAUUUGCGCUUGUCAGUUAUUUUCACGGUCUGGAAUCACGAAGUUCUCUUCAGCUAAAUUGUCCGAACAAUGAACUCCCAAAUUUCCUUUAGUUCCGCGAACGCCCGGGAUCUCAUCCAAAGCUUGGCCCUAACUGUUCCUGAGAAAGCGACCGCAACAAGAACCAGCGGCGAUGAUUGGCAGCAGCAGCAACAACCAUCCUCAUCUGGUGCGGGAGGUGCCAGACCUCGUCACAGCCGUGAAACGGAUAAUCGGCGUAUUCUAAAGAUGAAACAACAGGUGGCGAAGCAGAACAACUUCAUAGCGGAGUUGAAGAAGAAAAUCCGCGAAUUGGCAUCGAUGCCUUCCAAAUCGAUUGCGAACCACGAAGAACUGGCUUUUCUAAAGAGUCGAUUGGACAAGGAAAACCAGCUGCUAAAAGGUUUAGUUGACAGGCUCAUCAAGGAACAGAAAACGGCAGAUAGUCCGGGAUGGGAGCAGAUUCGGCUGUGCACUGACCCCCUCGAAGAUAUUUGUCGUAAUCCCUGGAUGUUAGGAAAUCUCCCUAUGCCGGAUCAACGUUUCUCAUUCGAUUCUACUUUGUCGUCCCUAUCGUCCAAAGCUCAAGUGGAUGGGGAGUCGGUUGAACACGUUUGCGAUCUAGACGACAACAUCAAAAAGGAACUAAUGAAUCGCGAUCGAGUAAUAGAAAUCCUGCAAGCUCGCGUUGAAGCACUCACGGCUGACGUUAUGAAGGUAAAGAGGGACAAUAACGCCAUUUUGGACAAAACACCCAAGCAAACAAAAUUCUGCGAAGCCGACAUUUUCAAUCGAUUAAAAUUCUACAAAGAGAACACUGAUGCUCUAGAGAAGAAUCUGAAACAGAUGGACGCAGCACUGGGAGUCAUCCGGACAGAACUAGGCCCUGCUUUGACCGGUGAAUGUCAGGAGUCUGCCGGCUGCCGGACAUUCUUCACAUCGUCAAACGGAGGACAAAAGAGUACUGGUGAAGUUCCAAGAUCAUCUUUGGCGUCAAAACAGGACGAUGAUCAAUACAACAUUCUCAUGAAAGAAUUUUCUAAGAAGAACGAAGAAUGCCAGAAACUGACAGACCGUUUGGCCAAAUCUUGUUCCUGCCGUAACGAAACACCUGAACAGCUUGAAGUAGACGUGCUUAAGAAGCGAUGCUCGGAGCUACUGGACAUUCAAGAGGAAUUUAAAAUUCUCAUCAAAGAACAAGGCGAUCAACUGGAUGAAUACCGCUUGAAAUACCUUUCCGCCCAGCAAAAAGUGGAAGAACAAAAGCUGGAGAUGGGAAGAAUGGACGUUACAAAUCGACGCAUCGAAGAGCAGAUCAAUAUCGAAGUUCAAAGAAUCAAAGCCAAAUUCCAGGACAAGCUCAGACAGUUGACGCCCUUUCCUCGUCUUCUAGAAGCAGAAGAAGAAAAGGUCUCCAAGCUUAAAGAUUCAAAUGAAAAACUUCUCGAAGAACUAAAGAAAUCCGCCAAGGAAAUCAAGUCUCUUGAAUACCGUUUGCACAAUGCACAUGCUUCACAGAACACCGAACUGGAAAAAGCUCACAAUCUGCUUCAAGUUGAACUAGAACAGCUCCAGGCGUCUCUGCAGUCUGAAAGGGAGAAAAACGCAAAACUGCACACUCAGUUGGAGGAAGCCCAAAAGGAAAUUGACGACACGCGAACCGAGACGGCCAAGAUGAUUGCUAGGACAAACGACCGAGCCCAGGAGGAACGCAAGACUGCCCUGACCAGAAUAGAAGGCCUUGAGUUGGAACUGACCCAGUGUCGGGCGGCGGCCUCCGUCACUAUCAACAACCGCGAGGAAGCGUUGCGCGAAAUGCAAGGUCAGAUAAGGGUGCUAUCGGGCAGCUUGAACGAUGCCCAAAUCCAGAUACAAUCGCUGCGUAAUCAGCUCACGUUUUUGCAAAAUGAACGAUAUGGCGCGCUUGCCUAGUCGUUCCGUUAUCUAUUGUUUUGGGUCAAUAAACUUUGUGGAAAUCAA